UGGCAGGUUUUCCGUGGCCCUGUUGCCAUUAGAGACCAGUAACAGGGCACAAGGAAAACAGCUUUCAGCGUUUCAUUUUACAUUUACACAACUACUGGGAUCUCUAGAUAAUAUGUACUCUUCCAAGACCUCACUUGAAUAAUUAAACAAACCACAAACCGUAGCAUGCCAACAACGCCAGUAGCAGUAAGACGGUACACUGGAUCUGCCAAAGUUCGUGAUCGUGGUCUCCAGCACAAGGAAAGCUGGGAACGGGUCUACUGGGAGAGUUUGGGUCGCAGCCAGAGAGAAAACAGCCAGCUGGGCUACAGGGUUGAUGAGGCACCCAAGGCAGAGAUCAGCGAGGAUGAUGACGGCGGCCUGUGUCACACGAGCCCUGCGGACACUUCACAAGAAAAUAAGAAAUCGCCUCCAAAGCGUCUGAAAGCCGGGAGAAGAGCGGACCCCGACAGUCUCUGGAAGCAUCUUUGGCACUCAAGGAAGCUGGUCCUGGCAGUGAAGCAGGGUUGCAGCUACUUUCACCUCCUCCAGGAACAGGAGGUGCAGGAGGAGCAGCAGAGGGAAAAGAGGAGGAGAGAGGAGAGGAGGAAAAGAGCAAUCCGACCUCCUUCCGUUUCCUCUGACUCAGACACAGACAGAGAGGCAGAGAGGGGGUGUGUUACUGCAGGGGUCUCAACAAUCUGGAAGCGGAGCAGAAGAAGACGGGUUCAGUCUGCCCGGCCCUUCACUCCUGUCCACCAGUCACUGACCUCACACCAGCCACAGCAGCUAGCACAAGAGCACAUGUAUCGUCAGUUGUGCUGCCUGUGUUGGCUGCUGGAGUCUCUGACCCUGGAACAUUCUGGUAGAGUCGGGCCUGUGGUUUCUUGUUGGGAUGCAAAGGCCUGGCCCCACCAGAUGUCGCUGUGGAGUAGAAAACCUCAUAUGUCCAUAAUGGUAACUUUACAGGAGAAGGAAAAAUCUACUUUACUUUUAAUGGAUCCUGGGAGGAGCAGAAACACUCUAAAGACUCUGAAUAAAGAGAAGGCGAUACAGGCCAAGUGGGAGCAGUUUGUGUCCCCACCAAAGUCUCUGCGUCCUGUGCUCAAAGUGUCCCGCGUGUGCUCUGCGCGAUCUUUGACUCGGAAGUCCUCCUCCCUUAGCAUGCCGUCGUCUGUGGCGAUGACCUCAUCACUGGGCAGCAGCCUGUCCUCCUUAGUACUGGAUGCCAAAGACCCCAGUGAUGUCACUGUGCCAACCGAGGACGGCGAGUGUCAAAGCGCAGAGGUGUCUGAGGCGGAUCCACCUGUGAAUGAAUACUUGCGGAAGCUUCUGGAGGAGGUACACAAGAGUGUUGCUAAAGAACUGCAUGGCUCAGAGAUGCAGUAUGGCUUUGAAACUGAUUGGAGUGAGGCGCUCAGAAGUGUCUCCUCAAGGCUGGACAGUGCGGUCACUGGGAAUGUGGACACACCGAGGCCGAAGAGUUCCGCCUCCAGACGGCCUGCCACCACCGCAUUUAGCCACAGGAAAGCGGUCAUGUUGGAUGAGAUAAGGCUGGCGUUUGAAGACAGGGCAGAGGAGCUGGCACUUAGUUUAACAGAUACUCUGGACCGCAGUGCUAAGAAACGAUGGAGCAGUGGAGUUCAGAGAUAUCGGAUCCUCUCCAAUGUGUCUACCUACAGAUCUCUCACUUCCUCUUUGUGCUCCGUAACCUUUACACUGGGCGAACAGCAAUCAGAGAACACAGAUGUACCAGACAGACCCUACAGCACCCAGUGGCUCGCUGCGUUGCUCGGCAGCCUUCCCCCUCACACACACUUGGACAGGAAGUUGGUAUGUGUGCUGGAAAAGCUGAAGCGUUUCACGGCAGAGCGGUCACUGCGGAUCCGCCCUCACGUCUUCCUCAGGGUCCUAAACUCCCUUCAGCCCUGGGAGCUCUGCUGCCCCGACCUGUGUGUGGCUAUAGAGAUAGUGCGUCAGAAUGCAGUGAGGAUGUCCGUAGAGGAGUAUGACUGCUGGCUGCGUGGCAGAAUUAAUCUUCCUCAGACAACCCUUAGUAUAAAACCUUGAAGAUCAUUUAUUUUGUCUCUUUGCUUUCUGUCGUUCUGCUAUCAUACUUUCUUUAAUCACUCUUUAUGAGACAUGUUCCGCCCCCCCCCUUCCUCGUAUGUGUUCUUAAGGACUGUUUUGCAAGAAAAAUUUAAUUCACUCAACAGACUUGAUUGUGUGGUUUCUGACACCGUGUGACUCACUGUUAUCUGUACAAAUGAACAAAAGAAUAUUGAACAGCUUAAAACAGCAGUAGUUUUGUAGUUGAACUUGCCUUUUGUCUGCACUUUUGUCUGUACUUUACAACCACACAGUCAGAAACCACAUAAGCAAGUCUAGAGAUUAACUAACAACCCCACACAGUUUGACGCAAGUCUGAUGAUUCAGGCAGGCAGUUUGCAAAGCCACAGCUCCAGUGCAAAACUAAAGAAGCAAGAUAUUUUAAUCAGAUGUGCGGAUGGAUCUGUUAGAAUGGGGUGGCCAGGCAAGACCCAGAGAUCCUACUGGGGUGCAACAUUGGUAGUAAAAAAAAAGUAAAUAAAAUAGUGUUACUGCAUAAAAAUGACAUUAAAAAUGCAUGCACUAGUUUUCUCUGUACACACUAUAACUAUAUCUGUUAAAAUCAUUCACACAUGAAGAAAACAGUACUUCAACACAGCGACAGUAAAAAGAUUGAAACCGCAUUGAUGUUGUGUAUUUUAUUCAUUCAGGAAGAAAUUAUGUUUUUGAAUCAAGUAAAUAAAAUGCAUCACUUUGUUUAGUGCACAGUGUUAACUGAAAAAAAAAACAUUUCAUAUAGACAGGCCAUAGAUGUUUCUUGCUACAGGCUAUAUAUAGACAGCUAGAGAGCCAACAAAACCUCGUAUCUCCAAAAUGACAACUUUACAGGAGAAGGAAAAAACAUACUUAACUUUUAAUGUCCAAUAAAGUAAUGCAAAGCAAUAAAGUCAAUGGAACCAGACAUUUUUCGAAGUAAUUUUGGGCCAUUUGUUUUGGUCCAUUCAUAUUUCAGCCAUGUGUAACACAUAUAUAUCUAAAAAUAUAUGAAAGAAAACAUUUAAAUAUCACAUAAAAUAUGGAUGGAAUAUCUUGCUAAUAAAUGCUAUCUUAAUGGUACUUAAGUUUAUUGUACUUCAUUUGGAUUUUUUGCUUUAAAAAUCUUCAGGUGUUUGUAUCAGACACACACCAAUCAGACAUAACAUUAUGACCGCCUCCUUGUUUCUACGCUCACUGUCCAUUGUAAACUCCAGCAGCGCUGCUGUGUCUGAUCCACUUGUACCAGCACAACACACACUAACACACCACCAUCACGUCAAUGUCACUGCAGUGCUGAGAAUGAUCCACCACCCAAAUAGUACCUGCUCUGUGAGGGUCCAUGGGGGUCCUGACCACUGAAGAACAGGGUAAAAGGACUACAGUCUGUAAUUGUAGAACUACAAAGUGCCAAAUGUAAAAUAUGUGUACACUAUAUGUACACUACCUAUAUGACCAUAUAUUUUACCCUUUGUGAUAUGUGUAUAUAUGGCCAUAUACCAGAUUUCCGCAUGGGGAUACCAAGCAUGUCUUUGCUGGUCAAUUAUAUUUGGAGGGGCAUGUCGCUUUAAAUGCUCUCUGUUCACCCCCACCCACCCCCCCCUCGCCCCAUCGUCUUGUUUUGGUUUGUGUCAAAGCAAAUUCAAAUGGGCCUCUCUUUUCCAUAUGAAGAGUCCUGAGCUCUCUGUUUACAGGUGAACAUCUGUUCUCUCCAUCAUUCGAGUGACUGGAGACCAGCGUCCUGUUCUCUGUCUUUAUGGUCUGCAUUCUUCACUUUAAAGCAAUAGUUUUGCACCACCCACCCCUCCCAACACUUACCCCAAAUAUAAUCUGCCAAGACUUUAGUCUAUGUCACAAGUUUGCUUCUGUAGUUUUUCACCGGAGCAACACGGCUAAUGUAGCUAACAAGUAAUGGCAGCUUGUAGUCAAGAAUUAGUAUAGUGCAAACUGUAGGCCUCUAUCCUUAGACAUUUGCUUCAAACUGUGUCGAGUUGUUUGGUAACCUCAAAAACAAACUUGCUUCUGUGGUUUCUGACAUACAUUUAGGGGAAACAAGUAUUCCGACACUUUUGUUUUUGUUAUUUAAUAUACAUCCAAUGCGUAUAUCCACUGUGUUUCAACUUUGUACAUAUAAAGAUGCAAA